AGUGACAAGUUUGUUUUUAUUUUACUUUUGCAGUUUGCACUUACAAUUUGUUUUGUGUUAAGUUUACCAUUUAUUUUGUAUUUAUAUACCGACAACAAUUUGUGAAUAAAACAUGAAAUUCGCUAUACCUGAAAUAUCGUGGCACAAUAGAGAUCCCGUUUUAAGUGUAGACUUCCAGCCAAAAUCUGAACCUAAUGAACCUUUGCGACUUGCAACUGGAGGCACCGAUUCUCAUGUUCUUAUAUGGUAUAUAUCUACAACAGAAAAAGGAUCCAUAAAUUUAGAAGUAGCUGCAGAUUUAACACGACAUCAAAAAGCGGUGAAUGUCGUGAGAUGGUCACCAAACGGUCAAUACUUAGCCUCAGGUGAUGAUGAAUCAAUUAUUAUUGUUUGGAAACAAAAAACAGAAGAUCCAGUACCACCAAUGGAAGGAGAGGAACAAUAUAAAGAGUCAUGGGUAAUUCAUAAGACUCUCCGUGGCCACAUGGAAGAUGUGCUAGAUAUGAGUUGGUCCAGCUCUUCACUACAACUGGCAUCAGGGUCUGUUGACAACAAAUUACUUAUCUGGGAUGUAGGCAGAGGUCGCUAUAGCUCCAUAGUGUCAGACCACAAAGGCUUUGUACAAGGAGUAGCAUGGGAUCCUCGAGGCCAGCUAAUAGCUACUACGAGUACUGAUCGAGUGUUCCGCACCUUUGAUGUGAACUCAAAGAAGGUAGUGUCACGCAGUAGUAAGGCAAUACUUCCCUUCCCAAAAGAACAUGCAUUACAUGAUGUGAAAGUUCGUCUUUACCACGAUGAUACUUUGCAAACAUAUUUCAGAAGAUUACAGUUUAGUCCUGAUGGACUUCUUAUUGCUGUGCCCGCUGGCAGGAUCGAGCCAGAACAGAGCAAACUUGACAUGAAACCCAUGAAUGCUGUUUAUAUUUAUACAAGAUACUCAUUGAAAGUACCGGUGUGCGUGCUGCCGUGCUCGGAGCCGGCGCUGGCGCUGCGCUGGUCCCCGCGCCGCCUCGCGCCGCGCGCGCACGCGCCGCCGCCCGCCUUCCCCGGCGCGCGCCGCCUGCUGGCCGUGGCCACGCGCCGCUCGCUCGUGCUGUACGACACGCAGCAACGCACGCCCGUCGCGCUGGUCUCCAACGUGCACUACACCAGGCUCACAGAUCUGACUUGGUCACCGAAUGGACGCAUUCUGGUUGCUUCCAGCACAGACGGUUUCUGUUCCGUCGUGACCUUCAAUGACGGCGAGUUAGGAGAGUUUUUACCUGAUGAAUUAACUGAGCCAAAUGCAGAACCAAUGGAAGUUGAAGAAGCACAACAAAAUGAAAAAGACACUAAUGAGGAAAUAAAAACAGAUACAAAACAAACAACAAUCCACAAUACACCAAAAAUAGAUUCAUUUAUCAAAUUCAAAACACCUGGUGAAAAUCUACCAGUGAAAAAAAGUGAAAAAUCUCCCAAGAAAGCUAAAAUAGAUAACAGCCAACAGCAAAAAACACCGGUGAAAAUAGAUGUAUUAGUUGAAACAGCAAUGCAGUCUUGGUCAGAUAACUCCAGUAAUGACGUAAUAAAACCUAAGGAAAUGGAUGUUGACAAUAAUAAAGAUGAAAUUAUGGUCAUAGAAGAUAGUGAAGAUAUCAAACUAGUUUAUGAUGAAACAGAAAACUCAAAGUUAGAUAAUCAGUCACCGACAGAAAAUAAAACUAAACCUGCAGAAACAAACAAAUCUCUACCUGACUCAAGGAUAUCUCCAGUAAAAACCAAUUUACCUGCUAAGCAUUCUGAGGUGCCGAAUUCAAAAACGAGUAACUUCUUUAAGCAAGCUAAAGUGACAGAUAUGAAGGAGCCAGUUGUAAAUAAAGCAGUAGCAAGUCCAAAAACUCCUCGAAGAGUUAGUUUUGUGACCUUAUCAAGUCCUAAGAACAGCAAGAAAAAGUGAU